UUGAUUUUUACGAUUCUACGGAUAUUCCGUGAAAGCAGCAUACCCGAGGUGAGGAAGUAGUGGACAAUAAGAUGAGGCGUUGUUGACUUCUGGAAACUUUUCUACACUCAACACACCUCUAAACCUGCUGUUUAAACGCUUUAGUGUUAACUCAAAACACGCAGGGCUGAGCCAUGGCCAAUAUCCAGAUCCGGAAGUAUCGGGAUGACGACGAUGAGGCAGCGAAGGAGAUCUUCACCUUGGGGAUGAGCGAGCACGUGCCUUCGUCCUUCAUGCACCUCCUGAAACAGCCGCCGACCCAAAUGGUGCUCAUGUGCGUGUUCUGCGCUCUCAUGACCAGCUCCAAGUCCUUCCUGCUCCCCAUCCUGGCCGUCACCCUCCUCCUGGCCGGGGUCCGCCAGCUUGUCGUUUACAUGUUCAACAAAUACAUCGACACCUCCCUCAGGAAGGACCUCUCCAUCAUCAGUGAGACAUACCUGAAGCAGAAGGACUCGUGCUUUUGGGUGGCUGAGGUCGAUGGCCGGGUGGUCGGCACAGUGGCUUGCCUUCCUAACGAGACAACGCCCGGGUGCUUGGAGUUGAAACGCAUGUCUGUACGCCGCAGUCACCGCGGGAUGGGCAUCGCUAAGGCUCUGUGUCGGACAGUAGCUGAUUUUACUCGUGACAGAGGUUAUGCAGCAGUCGUUCUGUACACCUCUGUGGUGCAGACAGACGCUCAGAAGCUGUAUGAGCACAUGGGCUACGAGAAGAUCAGACAGUUUGUUGUUCCUGAGUUUGUUGCCAAAAUCACAAACUUCUCUCUGUUUGAGUACAGACUCGAUUUACAGAGAGAUGGGAAAAGGGACUGAGUCUUAAAGUGAGACACACAAUGACUGUGUAACAUUUCAGGGCAACAGUACCGUCCAUUCAUCCAGUUUCUAUGCUUAUAUUUUCCCAGCAUGCAUUGCCCUUAAGGCAACCAAACACACAGGACAGAUCACUAUCCACUAUUGUGUACUCCACACACUUGCAGUAAAAGGUUAAGCAUGUUUUCUCUUGUUACAAACACACAGAACAGAUUGAUCAUUUAUUAUUGUUAGUUGAUAAUAUCUGCUAUGUCUACAGUCAUGCUGACGAAGGGUUUGUAUUGAUUUAGCUUCUUGAAAGUCAUUUGAUUAUUUAAUUUUGUAAAGGAUUUCCUUUCUACAUGACACUAGAAUAAACUACCAGAUCUGAACAUGCUUCUACAA